GCCCCGCUGAGAGGGAGCAGGUUUUCUCUUCCCUUCCCUGGUCACCUGGAGUCCGGCACCCCCUGCCCACCCCCGCCAGUGCCUUUCUCCCCUGCCCAUGGGGACACUUGUGGCCAAACUGCUCCUGCCCACCCUCAGCAGCCUGGCCUUCCUGCCCACGGUCAGCAUCGCUGCCAAGAGGCGGUUUCACAUGGAGGCUAUGGUCUACCUCUUCACCAUGUUCUUCGUGGCGCUCCACCACGCCUGCAGCGGCCCGGGCCUGUCCGUGCUCUGCUUCCUGCGGCGGGACAUCCUGGAAUACUUCAGUAUCUACGGCACAGCGCUGAGCAUGUGGGUGUCUCUCAUGGCACUGGCUGACUUCGAUGAGCCCAAGAGGUCGACGUUCGUGAUGUUUGGUGUCCUGACCAUCGCGGUGCGCAUCUACCACGACCGCGUGGGCUACGGCGUGUACUCGGGCCCCAUAGGCACCGCCGUCCUCAUCAUCGCGGCAAAGUGGCUGCAGAAGAUGAAGGAGAAGAAGGGUCUGUACCCAGACAAGAGUGUCUACACCCAGCAGAUAGGCCCUGGCCUCUGCUUUGGGGCCCUGGCCCUGAUGCUGCGCUUCUUUUUCGAGGAAUGGGAUUACACCUACGUCCACAGCUUCUACCACUGCGCCCUGGCCAUGUCCUUCGUCCUGCUGCUGCCCAAGAUCAACAAGAAGGCUGGAAGCACCGGGACCGCCGCCAAGCUGGACUGCUCCACACUCUGCUGUGCUUGUGUCUAACGCUGCCCCCACCCCG